GGCUGGAUAAGGGCUCAGAGUUGCACUGAGUGUGGCUGAAGCAGCGAGGCGGGAGUGGAGGUGCGCGGACUCAGGGAGACGGACAGAUACAGGCAGGGAGGCAAGACGGCAGCAGAGUCCGAGCUGCAAAUCUUAUUUUCUUUUCCAUUUUCUCACCAACUGCCCAGAGCUAGCGCCUGUGGCUCCCGGGCUGGUGUUUUGGGGAGCGUCCGGAGAGCCCCUUCUCCAGCCGCCCCCAGGAGGAGAGCCCCGCUUCCCCGGAGCUGGUGACAGCGCAGAGAGCGGCGACAGUCUGUCCGGGGAAGUCCAGAGAGCCGCUGCAGCGGCAAAGAACUUUCCUGACCAGGGGGACAGGGGACAAGUGGCCCGAGUCCCGGAGCGAACUUUUGCAAAGCUUUCCUGCGCCCGAAGCUGCCGCGGCGGCGAAGACAGGAAGGCGGCGGAGAGAGGAGACCAAGGAGGGACGUGCGCUCAGUUUCACUCGCACCGGUUGCUGAACUUGGGCGAGCGCGAGCCGCGGCUGCCCGGCGCCCCCUCCCCCUCGCAGCGGAGGAGGGGACAGUCGUCGGAGUCCGGGCUGCGGACACCCGCUGCCGGCCGGCCACCGCGGGAUCGACGCUGACUGCCGCCGCCGGCAGGGCCGCUGUCGCCGGGAAGCGUGUUCGUCUGCGGGCUCCCAGGGACGGCUGCGCCAAGAGCGCUCCGUGAGCGACCGCGACUUUUCAAAGCCGAGCAGCGCGCGCGAGCUGACAAGUUAAGAGUGCUGGCGGCAUCUGAACCCUGAGCGCCUGGGAGCGAGCCGGUGAGCAGGGCGCAGGGGGGAGGACAGCCGGCGGGUGCGCGCGCCCCUCGAGAAACUUUCCCUGCCCAGGGCCCCGGGAGGGGUGUCCUCCGCUCGCCAGCGCGCUGUUGCGGCCCCGAAACUUCUGCGCGCAGCCCAAACUAACCCCACGUGAAGUGACGGACUGUUCUAUGACUGCAAAGAUGGAAACGACCUUCUACGACGAUGCCCUCAACGCCUCGUUCCUCCAGUCCGAGAGCGGUGCCUACGGCUACAGUAACCCCAAGAUCCUGAAACAGAGCAUGACCCUGAACCUGGCCGACCCGGUGGGCAGCCUGAAGCCGCACCUCCGGGCCAAGAACUCGGACCUCCUCACCUCGCCCGACGUGGGGCUGCUCAAGCUGGCCUCGCCCGAGCUGGAGCGCCUGAUAAUCCAGUCCAGCAACGGGCACAUCACCACCACGCCGACCCCCACGCAGUUCCUGUGCCCCAAGAACGUGACAGACGAGCAGGAGGGCUUCGCCGAGGGUUUCGUGCGCGCCCUGGCCGAACUGCACAGCCAGAACACGCUGCCCAGCGUCACGUCGGCGGCGCAGCCGGUCAGCGGGGCGGGCAUGGUGGCUCCGGCGGUGGCUUCGGCGGCGGGCGGCAGCGGCAGCGGUGGCUUCAGCGCCAGCCUGCACAGCGAGCCGCCGGUCUACGCCAACCUCAGCAACUUCAACCCGGGCGCUCUGAGCAGCGGCGGUGGGGCGCCCUCCUACGGCGCGGCCGGCCUGGCCUUUCCCGCGCAGCCCCAGCAGCAGCAGCAGCCCCCGCAGCCGCCGCACCACCUGCCCCAGCAGAUCCCCGUGCAGCACCCGCGGCUGCAGGCCCUGAAGGAGGAGCCGCAGACGGUGCCCGAGAUGCCCGGGGAAACGCCGCCCCUGUCCCCCAUCGACAUGGAGUCGCAGGAGAGGAUCAAGGCGGAGAGGAAGCGCAUGAGGAACCGCAUCGCUGCCUCCAAGUGCCGGAAAAGGAAGCUGGAGAGGAUCGCCCGGCUGGAGGAAAAAGUGAAAACCUUGAAAGCGCAGAACUCGGAGCUGGCGUCCACGGCCAAUAUGCUCAGGGAACAGGUGGCACAGCUUAAACAGAAAGUCAUGAACCACGUUAACAGUGGGUGCCAACUCAUGCUAACGCAGCAGUUGCAAACGUUUUGAGGAGAGGCUGUUGGGGGCUGAGGGGCAACAGAGAAAAAAAAAAAUUCACCCAGAGAGACAGACUUGAGAACUUGACAAGUUGAGAGAGAAAGAGAGAGAGAAAAGUGUCCAAGGACUAAAGCCAAGGGUAUCCAAGUUGGACUGGGCGGCGUCCUGACGGCGCCCCCAGUGUGCACGAGUGGGAAGGACUUGGCGCGCCCUCCCUUGGCGUGGGGCCAGGGAGCGGCUGCCUGCGGGCUGCCCCGCUUUGCGGAUGGGCUGUCCCCGCGCGAACAGAACGUUAGACUUUUCUUUAACAUUGACCAAGAACUGCAUGGACCUAACAUUCGAUCUCAUUCAGUAUUAAAAGGGGGGAGGGGGAGGGGUUACAAACUGCAAUAGAGACUGUAGAUUGCUUCUGUAGUACUCCUUAAGAACACAAAGUAGGGGGGGAGGGGUUGGGGGAGGGGAGGCGGGAGGGAGUUUGUGAGCGCGAGGCUGAGCCUGCAGAUGAACUCUUUCUGGCCUGCCUUCCUUAACUGUGUAUGUACAUAUAUAUAUUUUUUAAUUUGAUGAAAGCUGAUUACUGUCAAUAAACAGCUUCAUGCCUUUGUAAGUUAUUUCAUGUUUGUUUGUUUGGGUGUCCUGCCCAGUGUUGUUUGUAAAUAAGAGAUUUGGAGCACUCUGAGUUUACCAUUUGUAAUAAAGUAUAUAAUUUUUUUAUGUUUUGUUCCUGAAAAUUCCAGAAAGGAUAUUUAAGAAAAUACAAUAAAAUAUUGAAAAAGUA